AUGCAGAACGCUCAAGAUUACCUUGACGAACCGACGCCUACAGAGUCGGCGCCCCCGCACGCUCAUCCAAUACCCUUAACAGCAAAUCAAGAGCGUAAACUUGUGGACUAUUUGGACGGACAACUCCUGGAGAUUACCCGUAAUUAUAAGAAACGUUCCCAACCCUCGACCUCCCUCCCGACCCUUGCAUCAUACCUUACCGCUACGCACACCAUCCUCUCUCUAGUCCUUCAGAUCCCCCCUGCAGGACCCUCGUCGUAUCUGCGUACCUCAUUCCUGCUUCGUCUGACAGGCGAGGUCUUGAACUCCAUCUCGGGCUACACUCCAGACGCAGAAGCACUGUCACAGCUUCUCUCCUGGCUUGAGGACCUCGACAAAGGCUGGCUGGCGGUGCUUAACGGCGAAACAUGGGACACUGUGGAGCGCAUAGGCAUCGAAACAUCACUCCCAGAUGAGCCAGCACGCUCAAUGAUCGUCAGCCAGACGGAUCGCACCAGGCUGCGAAGCAUACUCAUAGCCGGCACGAACAGGCUGGAAGAGUGGCUGGCAGAGCUCGAAGCUCCCGAUCAGAACUUCCAGUCAGCACUAGAUAAGCUCGGACUACAGCAGGACUUCGAGGACCUGUUCUCGAGAACUCUCAGCGCGAUGGGCUCACUUGACGGGUCCAUGAACGACCCAGGAGGUAUGACAGGGACCUGUUAG